CUAGCGGCAAUAUCAGAAAUGACUAUGCCGAAGGUAUCGAUCUUAACAUUUUCAAAGUUUUCACUGAUUUCGGUGGGCAUGUGGAAGCUCCAAUUACCCAUUGAAUACCGAAUAGCCACGAAGAUUUACGCGGUCUACUCUGCCUUUAUUAACAUUUACUUUCCGACAUUCGUGGCAUCGCUUUGUAUCCAAUUCGCGAUAUCGGUCAGUUCCGAUUUCGAUCAGGACAUGUUCAAGCAGCUGUCGUACGCCAUUAGCCUUCUGAUCACGUACUACAUUACUCUGGUAACACGGGGCGAUAGAUUUACGGAAAUAGUCGCCCAGGUCAUCGAGCAGGAGGGGCGGAUGCUUCGCUCCGAAGAUCCGGAGGUUUUAGGUUCACAUCUGAACGAGGUGCGAGAUGAUUGGAGGAUUUUGCUGUUCUUCUUCACGUUCACUAUCGGAACUGGACUCACCGUGAUUCUGGAGAACUUUUGGUACAAUAUGGAGGUGGCGAUUUACAAUAAAAAACAUAACACCACGCUAGAGAGGCCCAUCACCAUCGACCUGUACUAUUUCACCAUGAACAAACGCAAGCACGAGACGUUGGUGCUGAUCAUCACAGAGCUGGCAGUUAUAUUCAACACCGUGAUUCUAUUUUCGACCAAGGCGAUCGUGUUCACAUGCAUAAUGUUCGCUUCGUCAGCAUUGAAAGAGCUUCAGAUACGAUUUCGGAAGGUCGGGUCGUGUAGGGAGGAUCCCUGGAGAAAAUUGAAUGAUUUGGUGGUUGAUCACCAGAAGCUUAUAGAGUUUGUGCGAAAGUUAAACGUUUCUAUAAAAUUUCUAGUAUUGCUCGAGUAUAUUUUAAACUCACUGAAUAUGGCAGCAGUUUCGAUUCAGUUUCUUAUGUCUCAAAACAAAACUCUGCUAACCCCGGCGUUUUACUUUUGUUUCGUGCUGGUCCAAGUUUUUAUUCUGGGUUUGACCUCAGACGAAAUCAAGGUUCAGAGCCUGAAGUUAUCCGAUUCUCUAUACCAUAGUCCGUGGUACAACCAAGGCGGACGUGUGAAAAAAAAUUUACUAAUCGUGAUAGCUCGAGCUCAGAGACCCCUAGAGUUGACCAUAGGACCUUUUAACCCUAUGACCAUGGAGUCAGCUCUAGCUGUACGUAUGUCUCAGGAAAAAAUUACAUGGUUGACAUAAUACAUUUAUAUUGAAGGCGUCCUACUCGUACGUUACCCUUAUGAUGCACGGCUAUCAGUAAUAUCGUUGUUGAUCGUUAUUGAUUCCUAAGAUUUCGAAAACUUUGCUUUGGUGGGUGAAAUCAGAAUGCAGAAACUGUGAUGAAAUAUUAAAAUAAACGUUUAAAUAAUUCAAGGCUCAGCAGGGCAUUAGCAAAAUCAAAUACCGCAUUGUACAGAGCAAAAUUCAAAUUACACAUUUCAAAUUUUACUGUAAAAAAUUACCGGCAUAUACA